CCAUCUAUCCGGCUGCUUCAGCUAAGGAUGAAGCUGUAUGGAGUUCUGGUCCUGUUGGCGACUCUGUCUGCAGCAUGUGGAUUGAGAUGCUACAGCUGUAUGAACGCCGACUCUAAAUCCUGUGCAAAGAUCGCAACUUGUGCUUCCACACAGGACCGUUGUUCAUCCACUGAGGUGAUGGGUCUUGUCACCAAGCACUGCAUUAACAGUGCUGCGUGUGUAGGCCUCAUUAAAUGCUGUGAAGGUGACUUGUGUAACGGCGCCAUACCCACUGGUUCCAGCAUCCUCCUCCUGCUGGUGUCCGCAGCCAUCACCUCAGUCUUUCUCUGAAAUUUUGGAGUAUAUUCAACUUUUUUCUUUGUCAAUCUGUAUAACUCAGGAAAACAGUUGUGGUUGAAAAUAGAUCCAGAAUCGCUUAAUAAAAUUACAGAAUGAUUGA